AGCAACAUGACCAGCAGAACCACCCAAGUUACGGCGUUGGCCCUGCUGACCGUUCUAGGCCUGGUGGCGGGGUCCUUGCACCGGAUACCCGUGCGCCGCUCGGAGAAGUAUGUGAGGACCCGCCAAAGCCUCAUAGCCGAACGCGAGAUUGUGUUGAGGAAAUACAACCUAGUGCAGAGCAAUAUCAGUAGCACUACGAACACCACCGCUGGAAACUACUCUGUGGAGACCCUGUCAAACGUUAAUAAUCUUCAGUAUUACGGCAGCAUCAGCAUCGGAACCCCACCUCAGAAUUUCAUGGUGCAGUUCGACACGGGGUCUUCCAAUCUGUGGAUUCCCAGCGUGGAUUGUUUUAGUGCUGACUGCUAUUAUCACAAUACAUACUCAUCCGCGAAUUCCACCACAUAUCAAGUCAAUGGGACCGCCUUCUCCAUCACCUAUGGCUCGGGCAGCGUGUCGGGCAUCCUCUCCACGGAUGUGGUGACCGUGGCUGGACUGAAAAUUCCCCGCCAAAUGUUCGGGGAGGCCACCAUAGUGACGGGCACUAGCUUGCUAGAUGCCUCGUUCGACGGCAUCUUUGGCAUGGCCUACUCCAGCCUGGCCGUUGACGGAGUUGUGCCGCCGUUCUACAAUUUGUGGAGCGAGAAACUGGUGGAUGCGCCCGUGUUCUCCUUCUAUCUUAAAACCAAUGGCACCUCAAAGGCGAGCUAUGGAGGAGAGCUCAUUCUGGGCGGUUCCGAUCCGUCGCUCUAUGAGGGCAAACUGGUCUAUGCUCCCGUCUCCAGCAGGAACUACUGGCAGUUCAUGAUGGACGGCGUCACUUUUGGUAGCACUACCUUGUGCACGUACUGCCAGGCAGUGGCCGAUACGGGCACCUCGCUCCUCAUUGCUCCGUACUACAUCUAUCUGAUGAUCACAUCGAUGGUUAAUCAGAACAUUCUCUGCGCUGACGUUCCAUACUUGCCCACCCUGACCAUUACCAUAAGCGGUGUACCCUUCAAGAUCCCACCCAGUGCGUAUAUCGUGGAAUUGGGUAGCGAAUGUACCCUGGGCAUCUCGUACAUACAGGGCACUGAUUUCUGGAUUCUGGGCGAUAUCUUCAUUGGCCGCCACUACACAGAAUUCGAUUUGGGCAACAAUCGCUUGGGUUUCGCCUCAGUGAACUCCGGAAGUGUUCUGGGAGCCUUCUCACUCUUGAAGAUCUUCUGCCUAGCAGCUCUUUGUGGACUUUGGAAGCUGUGCAACCUGCAGAGCUAA